AUGUCCUCUGAUAUCGCAGUUGGAAUUUUUUUGCAGCGAUUGUUGCACGAAAAGUAUAUGGAAGAUUCUAAGGUUGAUGUGUUACUCCAAAGUGUAAUUAGGGGAGUUGGGUUGAAUUUCACAACUAAAUCGUCAUUCAUUCAAUAUGCCAACAAUCUAUUAUCAGACGUUGGCUUUAUGCUUGUGAGAGUAAUAGUUGCUGGUAAACGAUACUACUCUUUAAAGGAUUUGGAUUCAAUUAAUAUCGGAGAAUCUAUGCAGAGCGAAAAUGCCGUUUAUCUGUUAUCGCAAGACGAUCUUAAAACACCCACUAGAAAGUUGAGGGACUUGCAAAAUAGCGAACUUGCUACUUUUACUCAAAAUUCAACUCUUUCAGAGUCCAGACAUGUUACACCAUUCAAGCUAUACGGAUCUAAAUUUACAAAUACUGAACUGAUAAUAUUCAUAGAUUGUAUUAAUACUAUCAUCGAGACAGGUAAACCACUUAGCCUUAAGAAUAAUGGAACAUUAAAUACAUGGUGUUAUGUCUGUAGUAAACGUUCACUAAUAGAUGAUUCCGCUCAAUUCGCACUCUUUUGUCGCUUCGAACGAAAAAAGUGGUUAGAAUACGAAGAUUCUGGGACAUCAAUUGCGCCGGGGAUAAGGUUCUACUUUGUAUGUUUAUAGUUUUUUGAGAUUGACUAAUUCAGGAGCUAACCGAUCUGUUUAACCUAAGGAAUAUUAAGACAUGUAAAUUUUGUAAUGGUCUUAUUAUAUACCAUGAAGUCAUCUGCAGCGUCUGCCAUAACAGUUUUCACACCAAUUGUAUGGAUACAAAUAAAUUAGAGACAGGAAACGAAAUCUGUUACAAUUGCAAUAAAUAGAUAUUUUAA